AUGGCCCUGCGGGUGUCAUCCGCCUCUGCGGGGCGGACCGCGGUCCUGUCCGCGGUGAGCGGCGAGGUCCCUGGUGAGGUCGCAGGUCCCGCCGCGGAAGCGGCCCCUGUGACGGCGACCGGCGGAGUGGCGGCGCCAUCGGGCGCGGGAGAGGGCGCGGACCCCGCUCCGCCUUCCGCUUCCCCGGUCAACCCCUCGGUGCAGAGCAUCGCUCCCAAGGGCCCUCAGGCCGGGGAAGUGAUCGACCUCGACGCCGACGAGGCGGAGGAAACGGCGUCGACGGGAACAGGGACUGAUGUUCCUGCAGCCGCGACGGGGACAGCGGCGGCGACGGAGGAGGGAGUGUCUGCCUCCGCGGCUGCGGCGGAGGGGGCAGUGGUGACGGAGGCGGGAACCUCUGCCCCGGAGGUCCCGCCGGAGGUGGCACCGACGACGGAGGCGGAGGUGCCCGCUCGAGGGGCUUCGGCAGGGGCGGAGGAGCCUCCCUCGGCGGUUGCGGCGGAGGGCGAGGUAGCCGCGGGGAUACCUGUUCCGCCGCCUGCGUCGGAGGCGGUGGCGCCGUCGGGCGAGCCCGCGGCGACCCCGACGGCGACAGACGAAAUCGCCAGGCUGAGGGACCUACUCGACAUGGAGCGUGGUGAGCACGGCGCCUUGCGGGAUGCGGUCCGUGUCGUCUGCGACAGCCUCGGCGUGGUUCAGGAGGAGGGGUCGAGCUCGCUGACGGCUCAUGUCCUCGGGAUGCACCGCCGGACCCGCAAGAUCGCCGUGGAUGCACUUCACACCGGCGUGCGGUGA